AUGGAUGCAAAGCCCCAGCGCCUAGGCAUGACUCGCUUUCGGGGAGAUGAGAAUGCUCCUCCCCCCAAUCGCACUGGCAAAACCCUGCACCACCGCACCAAGUCCACCCCGGCCCUGUCUGCCCUCGUCGAUGCCGCCCGUGCGAAAGAGCCGCUGAAGCGACCCGCUCUGGGGAACGUCAGCAACACGGCUGGCGUCCUGCGUCUAGCGAAGGACGAUAUCUCCACUGCCCUGCUGAAGAACGCCAAAAACAUAGCCGGACUUGCGCGACCAGCUCAACGAAUCUCCCAAGGUACGGCUGCGAAGGCUCUGGUGGACACCGAGAGUACCUUGGCAAAACUGAACGCGGUGGACCAACUGCCUGUCAACCCUCGUAAACCACCCGUGCGACGUGGUACCCUUUCCAAGGGAUCUUCCUUGCCUCUCGUCGAACCUGCAGGUUCAUCUGCAAGCAAGAAUCUCCCUGCCGGCCCAAAGAAGGACCUUUGCGCUGACUCCGAGACGGACUCAGCCGACUCAGAUGGUAGUGUUCACACUGAGGAGUCAAAGCAGAAAGAUUCCAUUGCCGACGACAUCAGUGGUCUUCCAAAAGCUGAAGGGAUAUACAUUGAAGACAAUGGAGAGAUCAAGAUCUACAACCCUCCACUCUCCACCAGCAGUUCCCCUGAAGCACCUGAGACCAAGCCGGUGUCUUUGCCCAACCUUACUAGCACUCAAGGAGUGUCCGCUGAUUUACCAAAUAGAGGGACCGUCGUGAAUUACAUCCAAAAUGAUACUUCAUAUGAACUGGAAGAAUCGUGGGAGGAAGAGAACGAAAAUUAUCUUGAUGAUGGCUAUGUGACUACUUGCACCCAGCACUAUACCACUGACAAUAUCACCGGAGGUCUCACAACCGUUCUUUUUCCUGAGUUUAACGCGAAUGUGAGAAGAGAACUCGCACUGGCCAAGCAGACCGUCGAAGCUACGCGCAGUAUCGAGGAUUAUGAAGACGAAUGCUUCGACCAAACCAUGGUUGCCGAAUAUGGCGAAGAUAUUUUUGACUACAUGAGAAGCCUUGAGAUCAAACUUCUACCCAACCCUCACUAUAUGGACUGCCAGACUGAGAUCCAAUGGUCCAUGCGCUCUGUCCUUAUGGAUUGGCUGGUUCAGGUCCAUCUUCGAUUUAACCUCCUUCCUGAGACCCUCUUCCUCUGCGCCAACUACAUUGACAGGUUCCUGUCCUGCAAAAUUGUUUCUCUGGGUAAACUCCAGCUGGUCGGCGCCACUGCGAUUUUCAUUGCAGCCAAGUAUGAAGAGAUCAACUGCCCAUCCGUCCAGGAGAUCGUUUAUAUGGUUGAUAAAAGCUACACCGCAGACGAAAUCUUGAGAGCUGAACGCUUCAUGCUCAGCCUCCUUCAGUUUGAACUUGGUUGGCCGGGACCAAUGAACUUCCUUCGUCGGAUCAGCAAAGCUGAUGAUUAUGACUUCGAAACUCGCACUCUCGCAAAGUAUUUCCUUGAAAUCACUCUCAUGGAUGAGAGAUUCGUCGGUAGCCCUCCAAGCUUCCUUGCUGCCGGGGCACAUUGCCUUGCCAGAAUGAUUCUCAGAAAAGGGGACUGGACCCCGGCUCACGUUCACUAUUCCAACUACACUUAUUCGCAGCUUUUUCCUCUCGUUUCGAUGAUGCUUGACUGCUGUGAAUUUCCAAUGCGGCACCACCCUGCUAUUUACGAGAAGUACUCUGAUCGACGUUUCAAGCGUUCUUCUUAUUUUGUCGAGAACGAGGUCAUGCGCGGCUUUGAGAUUCCUCCCGUUUCUCGAACCCUGUCCGGGGGUCGCCAUCCUUCGUCCAACAAACCCUUUACGGCAAGCCAGGGAUUUCUGUAA